AUGAAAGAUCCCGGGAGUUUCACAUUGCCAUGCUUAAUAGGGGGAAAAGAAGUCAGAAAUGCGUUGUGUGAUCUGGGAGCAAGUAUAAACCUAAUGCCCUUGUCAAUCUUCAAAAAGUUAAAUAUUGGCAACGCAAGACCUACCACAGUUACGUUGCAGUUGGCCGAGAGAUCAAUAACGCAUCCCGAGGGCAAAAUAGAGGAUGUACUUGUGCAAGUAGAUACAUUUAUCUUCCCUACUGACUUUAUCAUAUUAGACUAUGAAGCUGAUAUUGAGGUGCCUAUCAUCUUGGGUCACCUAUUUCUUACAACAGGGCGAGCACUGAUCGAUGUACAGAAAGGAGAACUUACCAUAAGGGUCGAUGAUCAGCAAGUUAAGUUCAACAUUCUCAAUGCAUUGAAAUACCCAGGUGAUAUGGAAAAUUGUCAAUAUGUUGCAGAAUUGCAGGAAGAACAUUGGCCUGAGCCUCAAGAAGAAUCGGAGGAACAAGACUUUGGGAUCGGAGCAAUGUGGGAGGAACAAGACUUUGGGAUCGACGUAAUACAAACUGAGUCAGGAUUUGAAACAAUCAAGCAUCUGAACGUAUAA